AAGCGGAAAGACUCACAUAUUGCCUUUGUUAUUCUAUUUCCCCUCUCUUCUGUGUCGGCUAUAUUAUCUGCAUCUCUCUGUUCCCACUUAAGGCCUUCGUUCCUCAUUCUCUCCCAUACUCUCUUACUUCUCUUACUCUGUUCUGUGCCUUCGAUCUGUUCGCUCACGCUUGAUCCCUCUUUGCCUCUUCAGAGUACAAUGACGGAGGAGCAGGUGGUGAAUGCGGGCGGCGAAGAAGUCUCCGAGAACGGUGAGGAUCACCGCAAGAUCAAAGCCAAUGGCGUUGCACGGGAGAACGGUGAUGUCGGUGGAAAGGCCGUGUGUGAUUCCGUUGCGACGGAUCUCGUCGCCCGAGAUGGUGAGGCAUCGGAGGAAGAGCACAAGGUGAAUGGCGAAUCUCAGGUGAUGAUUUCUGAGGGGGAAUGUGUGCGCAAGGAUGCUGUCACUAACGGUUCUGCAGAGAAAGCUCCUGAAACGGCGACGGUUGAUGUCGUUUUGCGGGAAGGCGAGUCAGAACACGCUGAUGGUCAAAAUGGCUCGGGAUCUGUGGCGGUUUCGGAAGUCGUUACUGAUACCGUUGCAGUAGAUGUUCAAAACGGCGUCGUGGAGAAUGAGAUUCGUGAGAGUGGCGAUAGUGAUGAUACCGUUGCAGAGGAGGUUCUUACGGAUCACGACGAAUUCGUUGUUGUCGGUGCUUCGGAUGUUGAAAACGGCGUCGCUGCGGACGACGAGAUUGGCGGUGAUGCGAAUGUGAACGGAGUUGAGGAAUGCGAAAUUCCAGCUGGUGCGGAGGUUUCGGGAGAUGAAAACGGUGUCGCUUUGACUGUGACUGUUGCUGCGGAUGUGAGUAACAGUGAUCGCGAAUUCGAAGCUGUAGAUGUUCACAUCGGUGAAGUGACUACUACUACAUACGAGAAUGGAGCAAAUGACGUGCAGGGAAGAAGUGAAUCUAUCUCUGAUAAAGGUGUGGAUAAAAUUUUGGAAAGCGAAAAUAUUGCUAGUCCAGAUGUUCCAGAUGAGGACAUUGUAAAUAGUGAAAGAAAUUAUGUGGAAGAGGGCAUUGAGAAGAAUGAGGUUCCUGUUGAUGUUGAUGCCGUCUCUGCUGCUACAGAUGUGAUUGAAUGUGCAUCUGAAGAUGCUCAGAACAGUUUAGAGAAGGCACAGGUUGAGCCUGUCUCUGAUGCUGGUGGAGGCGUUCAAAAUGGUUUGGCAGAGGCAGAACCCAAGCCUAGUGAAUGCACUGAAGAGAAUGAGAUUCCUGGUGAAGGUGAAUCCGGAAGUGAACUGGUUCCUGAAGGAGAAAAUUUAUCAGCCUUAAACAGCACACAUACAAAUGGAGAUGGUAAUGUUGUGUUUGAGGUUGCAGUGAAGAGCAAAGCUGAACCUUCUGUUGAUGUGUGGGAGACAAAAAACAAUGUAGAGGAAUGUGAAGUUGAUUCCUCAAGCAAUGCAGUGAAGAGUGAUGGUGAACCCUCUGUUGAUGUUUCUGAGGUUAACACCAAUGCAGUGGAAUGUGAAGUUGAUUCCUCAAGCAAUGCAGUGAAGAGUGAUGGUGAACCCUCUGUUGAUGUGUCUGAGGUUAACACCAAUGCAGUGGAAUGUGAAGUUGAUUCCUCAAGCUAUGCAGUGAAGAGUUAUGAUGAACCCUCUGUUGAUGUGUCUGAGGCUAACACCAAUGCAGUGGAAGUGGAAUGUGAAGUUGAUUCCUCAAGCAAUGCAGUGAAGAGUGUUGGUGAACCCUCUGUUGAUGUGUCUGAGGUUAACACCAAUGCAGUGGAAUGUGAAGUUGAUUCCUCGAGCAAUGCAGUGAAGAGUGAUGAUGAACCCUCUGUUGAUGUGUCUGAGGCCAACACCAAUGCAGUGGAAGUGGAAUGUGAAGUUGAUUCCUCAAGCAAUGCAGUGAAGAGUGAUGGUGAACCCUCUGCUGAUGUGUCUGAGGCUAACACCAAUGCAGUGGAAGUGGAAUGUGAAGUUGAUUCCUCAAGCAAUGCAGUGAAGAGUGAUGGUGAACCCCCUGUUGAUGUGUCUGAGCCUAACACCAAUGCAGUGGAAUGUGAAGUUGACUCCUCAAGCAAUGCAGUGAAGAGUGAUGGUGAACCCUCUGUUGAUGUGUCUGAGGCUAACACCAAUGCAGGGGAGAGUGAAGCUCAACUUUCCAACGGUAGAGUGCAGAGUGAAAGUGAACGUUCCCUUGAUGUGUCUGGGAUAAAAAACAAUAAUGCAGUGGAGAGUGAAACUGAACCUUCAAAUGGUGCAGUACAGAGUGGAAGUGAACCUGUUGUGGUGUCUGGGAUGAAAAACAAUGCAAUGGAAAGUGAAGCUGAACCUUCAAACAGGGCAGUGCAGAGUGAAGGGGAACCUUCUGUUGAUGUGUCUGAAAUGAAAACUAAUGCAGUGGAGAGUGAAGCCGAACCUUCAAACACUGCAGUGCAGAGUGAAUGUGAACCCGCUGUCAUGUCUGAGAUGAAAACUGAUGCAGUUGUGAGUGAAGCUGAACCUUCAAACACUGCAGUGCAGAGUGAAAGUGAACCCUCAGUUGUGGCUGAGAUGAAAACCACUGCAGUGGAGAGUGAAAGUGAACCAUUGGUUAGGUGCGAGAUAAAACAAAAUACAGUGGAGUUUGAAGCUGAACUUUCAAAUGGCAAAGUGAAGAGUGAAGGGGAACCUUCUGUUAACAUGUCCGAGAUCAAAAUCAAUGCAGUAGAGAGUGAAGCUGAACCUUCAGUUGAAGUCGGGGUUCCCAUUGACCUUCAAGGUAGCAGUCAUGGAGACAAAGACUCAAGAACUGUCACGGAUGCUUUGGAUGGACAGAAUAUAGGUGCAGAGGUAGUGAAAAGGCCAUUCUACUAUUUGAUCAGGGUUCCCAGAUAUGAUGAUGAUGAAAACAUAAAAGAGCAGAUAAAAAGUGCUUUAAACCAAGUAGAGCAGAAGACUAAAAUUCGAGAUGCGAUUCGAGCUGAAUGCCAGAGUGAAAAGGCCAGUUGCAGGGAUUGCAGUCAAGCGGUUAGGGUUGCAAUAACAGAAGAGAGAGCUGCUCGAGAUUUACUCAGAUCCAAGCGCCAAGAAAUGGAUUUGGUUCAAUCAACAAUGAACAGAUUAAACAAUGUGAUAUCUGUUGGGGAUAUAGCCGGAAAGAUAAGAAACAUGGAACACAGGAUCCAGCAUGAAACCCUACCUCUAAAUGAAGAAAAGCAAUUGAUACGCCAGAUCAAACAACUGAAGCAGAAUCAUGAGGAGCUGUCUUCUAAUAUGAGAAAGCAGGACCAGUCACAGCAAUCUCUAGAUGACAAGGACAGUCUUGAAGAGCACUCUAAGCGUUUACCACUUUUGAAGAAGGAAAUAGAAGUACUUAGGAAUAAUGUUCUAAAGGCAGAAGCAAUAACUAAGGCUUCAAAGAAGAAAUAUGAUGAUGAAAGCAAUAAACUGAAUGAACUGCUAGCUCAGUUUACGGCUGCAGAUGACAUUCGUCAAGAGGCUUAUGCUAAGUCACAGGCUUUGAAAAAACAGUUGCAUGAGAAGGGAAAAUACUUUUGGGAAUACAUAAAUGCUGCAAGGAAAGGGCAAGAGCUAGCAGCAGAAGGGAAAAAAGAGGAGCUACAAUGCUUGUGUGUUGAUCAGGUUGAGAAAAUUAUGGAGCUAUGGAACAAAAAUGAUGGGUUCAGAAGGGACUAUGUCCGAUGCAACACCAGGAGUACACUGAGGAGACUGCAAACCGUGGAUGGCCGAUCAUUAGGUCCUGAUGAAGAGCCCCCUGUAAUUCCUAAUGCCAUAACUGAAAGAGCUUCCAAGAGUAAUUCCAUGAUCUCGCAGUCAACUAUGGAACAAGAAAAGAAAUCAAUAUCAACAGAAUCUGUUAAUAAAAAGGAUGAACCUAUUUCAAAGGUUGUGGUACAAAGAAAUGAAAGAAAUCAGACAACUAAAGCUAAAAAGCCUGCAAAAUCUGCUCCCUUGGAGAUGUCAGUGGCUUGUUGGGGCGACGUGUCUGAUGAUGAUACAAAAGAAGAACCUGUGAGAACAAAGGAGGAAGAGGAGCAGAUAUUGAAGGCUGAAAAGGCAAGGAAGGAAGAAGAAGAAGCAAGGUUGAAGGAAAAGCGUAGGCUAGAAGAGAUUGAGAAAGCUAAGGAGGCAUUGCAAAGGAAAAAGCGUAAUGCAGAGAAGGCCCAACAGAGGGCAGCCUUAAAGGCACAAAAAGAAGCUGAGCAGAAAGAGAAGGCAAGGGAGAAGAGAGCAAGGAAGAAGGAAAGAAGAAAGGCAGCUUCUGCUGACACUGCAGAGAUUGCAGAACAAGAAUCUGCUUCUAGCUCAGAAACUGUAACAAGAAGUAUGGAAGAAUGUGAUCAGAGCGAGAAACCAGUUGAGGUAACAAAAAAGCCGCAGAAACCAACUCAAUUCACGAGGCAGACCAAAGCAAAAUCUGUACCCUUGGCUCUUCGCAACCGGGGUAAGAGACGAAUUCAACCAUGGAUGUGGGUUCUAUUUGCAGUUCUGGUUGUUGUUGCUUUGUUUUAUGUGGGCAAUAGCAGCGCCUUGAGAUCUUCACUUGAAGCCUUGGGUUUCUGAGGACACUCGUAAGUAAAAGCAAUCACUAGGGGUUUGUCGGGGGAUGUUUCCCUUACAUAUUUAUCACAUACAUACAAAUAGAUGCAAUUCUUUCGUGUCCUUGCAUUUUUUUUUCCUGCUAGUUUUUGGUUUACAUAGUCAUUAAUUUCCUUCUUCAAACCGAGAUUUGUUACUUUGGGAUGUGAUGGUAGUUUAACUGCUGAACGUU